AUGAUCCCCAGAACCAUGACCUCAACCGAGGUCUACAUCCUUCCUUUAAAGGACAACGGCGCUCCUGACGUCCAUGGAGAGUACAUCUACCUUGCCUCAGGAUCCCGCGAGCCCAUAACCAUUCGGUUCACGAUCGAAGGAACCUCUUCAAUUUGCCGGCAGGGCAGCUUGUGGGUAAACAUUCCAGAGCGCGGUGCCGACUUUCAACGACAUUCAUUCCGAGAGUUCAAGCUCGUCCCUGACUUCAAUCGAACAAUCGAGAUAUCCAUUCCCGUAUACGAUGCCGGCGCAUUUGCCUUUUAUUUGACUUACGCCGAGCUCCCCAAACUCUCCGGGGAGGUUGGCUCAGGCGAGGUUGCUUCGACUGAUAAAAAGAAAACGCAGACUUACUACAUAGAUGUGGCGCCGCGGCUAUCCCUGGAUGGUAGACCUUUGCCACUACCAGCACUGUCCAUAUUCUCGGUAAUCAGCAAGUUCAUGGGCAAGUAUCCUACCGAUUGGGAGAAGCACCUGCGAGGCAUCAGUGGCAGGGGCUAUAACAUGAUACACUUCACACCGCUUCAGGUCCGAGGAGAAUCGAAUUCUCCGUACAGCUUGUAUGAUCAGCUAGGUUGGGAUCCUGACUGUUUCCCCGAAGGAGAGGCCGAUGUGAAGAAGAUGGUGGACAGUCUGGAGCAGAAACAUUCUCUUCUGAGUCUCACGGAUAUCGUCCUCAACCACACUGCACACAACACUCAAUGGCUGAUGGAGCACCCUGAAGCUGGUUACAAUUUGACAACAGCGCCAUGGCUGGAAUCUGCAUAUGUGCUCGACACGAAGCUUCUCGAGUUUGGAUUCAAGCUGGAAGAGCUGGGGUACCCCAAGGAGUUCAACUCAGUGGAUGAUUUGUUCAAAGUCCUGGACGGAAUAAAGAAGCAUGUCGUUGCCGAGAUCCGACUCUGGGAAUACUACGCGCUGGACGUUGACCGAGAUGUCGAUGCGGCCAUCGGGUUCUGGGCGGGUGGAAAGACGACUUUUCCGGAGGGUUCCACCAAAAUCGAUCUCGUCAACUUGAAGGAUGCGAGUGCAAAAGAUCAGGCAGCUUAUCUUGUCAAAAAUGGAUUGCUGGGCGAUGACCGCCUAGGUGAACGAUUCAGGAGACAUAUCGAUCCCCAGGUUUCCGCAGCUUUGAUCUCGUCCUUUUUUGGAAGUUACCGUGGUGAAACCGACGAGGCGACGAUUCGUACGAAAUUAGUGUCCAUCUUGGAUGCGGUCAACAUGCCGUUUUACGAGGAGUACGACAAAGAAAUCGGUGAAAUCUUGCAGCAACUGUUCAACCGAAUUAAGUAUACUCGAAUUGAUGACCACGGUCCCAAAAUGGGACCGGUUACUCGGGAGAGCCCACUUAUCGAGACUUAUUUCACACGCUUGCCCAAGAACGAAACAACUGCGAAACACGAGAAGGAAGACAUGGUGUUAGCCAACAACGGCUGGGUGUGGGCCGGCAAUGCACUCGUCGACAAUGCAGGACCUUCAUCUCGUGUCUACCUCCGUCGCGAGGUGAUUGUAUGGGGCGACUGCGUCAAGCUCCGAUACGGCAGCGGACCCCAAGAUAGCCCCUGGCUAUGGGAGUAUAUGACGAAAUAUGCCCGCAUGCUUGCUAAGUAUUUUGCUGGUUUCCGGAUCGACAACUGCCACUCCACCCCUAUUCACGUCGCAGAACAUGUUCUUGAUGAGGCUCGCCGUGUCAGACCUAACUUGUACGUCGUGGCCGAGCUAUUCACUGGGUCGGAGGAGAUGGACUACGUCUUUGUGAAACGGUUAGGCAUCAGUGCCUUGAUCCGGGAAGCCAUGCAAGCAUGGAGUACUGGGGAGAUGAGCAGGCUUGUGCAUCGCCACGGUGGUCGUCCGAUUGGAAGCUUUGAGGUGGACGAAAUUUCCAAGAGCCAACUACAGAACCCUGGCAGCCCGCCCAUGAGCCCUGGAGCCAAUGUGGGAGAGGCCACUCGGGAGGUGAUUCGUCGCAUCAAGCCCUCUCCAAUCCAAGCCUUAUUCAUGGACUGCACGCACGACAAUGAAGUUCCAGCGCAGAAGAGGGACGCCCGUGAUACGUUGCCCAAUGCGGCUCUCGUAAGCAUGUGCUCGAGCGCAACGGGUAGUGUCAUGGGGUACGACGAGAUCUAUCCCAAGCUGGUGGAUCUUGUCAACGAGUCUCGACUCUACACGUCCCAUUCAUCGAAUAAGGAAGUCAAGGUUGGCGCUGGUGAAAGCGGCAUUGGCGGAGUUAAGAAGUUGCUCAAUCAGAUUCACAAGCUCAUGGGCAUGGAUGGUUAUGAUGAAACACAUAUCCAUCACGAGGAUCAGUAUAUCACAGUCCACAGAGUACACCCCGAGUCCAGGAAAGGAUACUUUCUCAUUGCUCAUACGGCCUACCCGGGCUACGGUAACGGCAAUGGAGCAUUCAACGCCGUGCACCUCGGCGGGACCAAAGUUCAACAUUUGGGAAGCUGGAUGCUUGAGGUCGAUACCGGUGAGGAUGCCAUGAAGGUCAUCGAGGAAGACAAGAAGUAUUUGAGAGGCCUGCCAAGCCGCGUAGUCAGCCUGCCAGGUGUCCGGAUAGAGGUCAAGGGCGACGAUACCACUAUCACAGUUCGCGACAAAUUCCCACCUGGCUCGAUUGCGCUGUUCGAGACUUGGAUUCCAGCUGCUGAACACUCCUCUGGAUUGGACAAUUAUGUCACGUCAGGAGCGAAGGCUGCCAUGGCAGAGUUGAAUCUCGUAGACUUGAACUUCCUGCUUUACCGAUGCGAGGCAGAGGAACGCGACGGAAGCGAUGGCAAGGAUGGCGUGUACGAGAUCCCUGGCUAUGGCAAGAUCAUUUAUGCUGGUCUGCAAGGAUGGUGGAGUAUCUUGAAGGAUGUCAUCAAAGACAACAAUCUUGCGCACCCACUCUGCCAAAACCUACGUGAUGGUCAGUGGGCGCUUGACUAUACCGUAGGCCGACUGGAAAGAGCUGGUCAAGAAGAAAACUUCAAGUCUCUCGCAAAACCUGCGGCAUGGCUGAAAGAUCGCUUUAGUGCUCUUCGCGGUAUUCCAAGCUUCUUGUUGCCGAGAUACUUCGGUCUGGUCAUUCGAACUGCUUACAUGGCUGCAAAAGAAAGAGGGCUGGACCUCUUGAACGAGAACACGCGCAAUGGCCAAUGGUUCCUCCAGAACCUCGCCAUGGUCAGCAUCCAACAGACAGGACUCGUCAAAUCUGGCUCGCUAUGGCCCACGAAACUAGUACCAUCUUUGGCUGCAGGUCUGCCUCAUUUUGCUGUUGAGUGGGCACGCUGCUGGGGCCGUGAUGUCUUCAUCUCUCUUCGAGGACUGUACCUCGGAACUGGGCGCUUCGAUGAGGCGGCAGAGCACAUCUUUGCAUUUGCAAGUGUUCUGAAGCAUGGCAUGAUUCCCAACUUGCUAAGCAGUGGCAAUUUGCCGCGAUACAACAGCAGAGACUCGAUUUGGUUUUUCCUGCAAUGCAUACAAGACUACACUCGUCUUGCACCAAACGGAACCGAAUUUCUCAAACGGAAAGUCAAGCGUCGAUUUUUGCCCUACGACGAUACCUGGUUCGCGUCAGAAGAUCCCCGCGCGUACUCGAAGGAAAGCAUUAUGGAAGACAUCAUCCAGGAAGCCAUGCAACGACACGCUUCCGGUAUGAAGUUCCGCGAAGCCAAUGCUGGUCCCAGCAUCGAUUCUCAGAUGCGCAACGAGGGUUUCAACAUUGAAAUUAAUGUCGACUGGUCCAAUGGUGUCAUAUUUGGUGGAAACCAAUUCAACUGCGGAACCUGGAUGGACAAGAUGGGCGAAAGUGAACGUGCAGGCUCAAAGGGCGUACCCGGUACUCCUCGAGAUGGUGCCGCUAUUGAGAUCACUGGCCUUCUCUAUAGCACGCUGAAGUGGCUCGCGAAGCUGAACUCGGAGGGCAAGUACCCGUACAAUGGGGUCAAGAAAUCCGACGGCUCCGAGGUCACUUUUGCCGAAUGGGCUGGUUUGCUCAAGUCGAGCUUUGAGCACAGUUACUACGUGCCAACCGAUGCAUCUGAGGACGGCAAGUAUGCUGUCAACUCUCAUGUCAUCAAUAGGAGGGGCAUCUACAAGGAUCUUUUCCGUUCCGGAAAAGAGUACGAGGACUACCAGCUCCGCCCCAACUUUGCUAUCGCUAUGACAGUGGCCCCCGACCUAUUCGAUCCCUCGCAUGCCAUGGGCGCACUCAUCUUAGCAGACAAGGUACUUCGUGGCCCCACUGGAAUGGCCACUCUUGAUCCCGCCGACUUGAACUACCGUCCGUACUACAUCAACAGCGAGGACAGCACUGAUUUCGCGACGUCCAAGGGCCGCAACUACCACCAAGGCCCCGAAUGGCUUUGGCCCACGGGCUUCUUUCUCCGGGCAUUGCUCAAGUUUGACUUGAUGCGCCACAAGGAGAGCAAGGAGGGCCGCGUUGAAGCCUUCCAGCAAGUGACUCGCCGUCUGCAGGGAUGCAAGGAGAUGAUUGAGAGCAGUCCCUGGGCUGGUCUCACGGAGCUCACACAGAAGAAUGGAGAGUACUGUGGCGAUUCCAGUCCGACGCAGGCGUGGAGUGCGGGAUGCUUGAUUGACUUGUACAUGGACGCUGCUGAGUAUGCCGAAGGCUCGGCUUAG